AUGGACUUGCGCACAAUAAUGAACGCCGACUCCGCCGGAGUCUCGAGCAAACCCCCUCCACCGCAGCCUUUGCCGCCUUCUCCAUUGCAGCAACCAGGCAGGGAACUCAGUCCGCGCCGGACAAGCUAUCCCAACGACGCCUCUCCGCCGUCCCACCCCUCCCUUCCCACCGAACCUCGCGCAAGGCCUCCACCACCUCCUCCGCUGCAGCCUCCCCUUCAUUCACCUGGCCGGUCGUCCUCUUAUGGCUCCGCUCAAUCGCCAUAUCAGCAUUCAUCUGCCAGCUCGAUUCUAAAUAGCAUCCCUCCUCCUCCGAACAACCAAGCCCACCCACAUGGUUCGCAGUCGUUCCUCCCCGUCGCCCGCGACUCUUUCGCUACCACCGCCGCCUCUGUUCCGCAUCCUACAAGCUCUCUUUGCUCGCCGUUUACUCCCCAGCCAUUGAGCUCUGGCACGCAGCAGUCGUACUUUUCUCAAACACGCUCCCACUCGAUUCAUUCUGCCACGACGCCGUCGUCGGUUCGCAGCUUCUCGUUCCCUGCGCCUCGCGAAGAUGCCGCCAUCCCCCAACAUGCUGAACCAUCGCAGCCGUUGCCAUACUCACCAAUUCAGACGGGUUCGCAGCCGGCGACGCCUCUGGGACCUCCCUCUGCGACCUUUCGGAGGCGUCCACCCUCGUCAGGGCAGGAUGUGGAACACGGACCCAUCGCCAGCGCCUGGGAUAGAGGCGAUCAGCAAAGAGAGCAAAAAGAUGCCGUUUCGCCGAUAAUGCAGACUCAAUUAUCAAGGCAGGGCUCGUUGUUGGUGGAACAGCCGCACAGACAGUAUUUGCUAGAACGAGACAUCGAUCGCCACAGGACAAGCGUGAGCCCAAAGACAAUACUCAACAGGGCUAACCAUGCUGCUGGGGACCUUGGCCGUGUUCCGGAACGUUCUUCACAGACACAAUAUAAUAAUGAUGUUGAUAAGUUAUCAUGGCGAACAAACAACGGUGGAACAAACAACCUACCAGCACAUGACAAUGACACCGCAUCCCAAAAUCUGUAUCCGCCCACCACCCCUAAAACUACCCAUCCGUCGAAUUCUAGUCAUCCUUCCACCGUAUCACCUCCCUCGAAACAGACUAUCAAAAGAGAAACAGAGUCCUCGUCGCAGCACAUUACGCCAAUGAAGCCAAGCGAACCGCUAGUUCGCUCGUCUGUUACCCCGACACUUAUUCCAAGGAAAAAACGCAAGAGGUAUCACGAGCCCCCAGUAUAUGCUCAGAAAGCUCCCAGAACUACAGGGACUCCCCCUACGAUACCGAUCAGCUACAAAUCCGCUGCCUCAUCUCUCCCGUUUAAACCCCCAUUCCCGAAGCGUGAAGCGCCAGAGGAACGACCUACGUCGCGAAACAGGUCUCUACCUCCUCGUCCGACACCCUUACCAGCACAAGAACGACCGGAUGCAAAUGAGAACAGCGCUCGAUCUAGCACCGUUGGAAAGCCUGUGUCAUCCCUUGGGCCAUGGGAACCUUCCAUUACCGGCAUAAUUCCCCACGAAGAGGUUACGAAGGCGGUAUGCGAUUUCUUAUUCCAACAGGUUGUCAUGAGGAAAGAUAUUGGGGCCGGUCCUGCAGGCGGAGCUGCAACAGGUUCGGGGGCUAUUCUCGAAGUGGAAGCUAAACUUGGACAACUCGUCGAUAAAAAUCGAGGUGAAAGAAUUCGGCUUCCGGUUCUCACUGAAUGCAUCCUGAGCAAGGAUGACCCAGGCUUGCGGAUCGCAUUUGAGAGUUCUAUGUCACUGGCUCAACAUCGCUCUCUGAACAACUUCCUUAACGAGUCCGUCAAAGCUUCUAUGGCUCCGGGGGCUUCUCGUAUCCCGCUCACGUACGCCCACAAAAAAGAACUCGACACGUUUUAUGAAGUCUCAUCCUCAGCGCUUCCUCCCAUCGUUCAGCACCACCUCAAUCCUCGCCACAAACCCAAGGACACUUUGGCACCAGAGCUAGGUCCAGGAAUAAAGAUCGCAUGA